CCAAAUCAUGAAUCAUGCGUAUCCCAAUCAUUCAUUUCAUUUCAUUGCUUAAAACUCAAGUCUUAUUCCACAAGGACCCAAACAUGUUGUCUGUAUAAUAUGGAGUAAAUAUUUUCCCUGUCCUGUAUCCUUUCGUCUCCAAAUACUUGCAAUAAUCGAUCCUCCAGCGACUUUAUCAGCUCUCUAGAUUAUGGAUCAGAGGGAUAGAAUCAGGGAACUGCCUGCAGGUAUACUUGACAAUGUUUUGGGAUUAUUGCCAAUCGUAGAAGCUGCUAGAACUGCCGUUUUGUCCACAUAUUGGAGAGAUGCUUGGUACGAGCUUUCUCGUCUCGAGUUUGACGAGGAGUAUUAUAAUUACAUGUACGAUAAUCUUACACCUUAUCUUGAAGUAAUCGACCAAGUUCUCAAGCAACACAUUGGGCCUAUUCAAAAGUUCUCCAUUUACACAACUGAGAAAGUAUACGAAUCUGAGUUUGAUGAGUUGUUCCUUUUGGUCACACACAAAGGAAUUGAUGCAAUCGGCAUUUAUCUAGAUUGCAAUGCUUUUAUGAAAUAUCGGCUCCCUUCUUGCAUAUUUUCAUGCCGUACUCUAAAGGCGCUGCAUCUUUUUGGAGUAAACAUUGAACCCAUUAAUGCUCCUCUCAUAUUUCCCAAUGUGAAUUCGCUUUUCUUUAAAAGUGUUCGUUUCGGUGCUACAAACCAUCAUCUUCAUGCCGUUAAUGUUCCUAUGCUUGAAAGUCUGUCAUAUACCCAAUGUAGUGGCAUCUCCCAUUUUGACAUCACUGCCCCAAAACUGGGUAGCUUAUCAAUCAAAGGAUGUUUUGCUGACGUUGAUGAUGAUGAUGAUGAUGAUGGAGAUGAUGAUGAAAGAGAUGGUGAAGUUGAUAAUGAUGGCAACGACAACGGAAGUGCAACUGAAAAGGGAGAAAACAAAUUGGGCAGUGGUUUUCUCCCAAUGAACUUGGAUCUGACAUCUAUACGCACUCUCCAUUUGUGCUCUGAUUCCAUUGAGGGAUUUGUUGAUGAUAUUUGUAAAAUGAGGCCAAAACUGCUAGCAUUGAAUGUGGAAUACCUGGAGUUUUCAGGUUUCUAUUUCCCUUUUUCUUAUGUUAAUUCCAAGUUCGUUAAGUUGCUGCGGAGGUGCCCAAAAUUAUGCGAACUUGAUAUAUGUUGUCAGUUUGGGGGUUUAGAAUCUACUUUGGGGAUUGAUGGGGUUUCAGAUCUUCUCGAAGACCUUCACGGCAUAGAUCAGACUCACAACAGGCUGCAUACUUUGAAAUUUAGCUUAUUCAGAGGGUUGCGGCCCGAACUGCUCUUUAUCAAAGAACUGCUUGUGCGCUUUCCAACAUGUGUGAAGUUGAUUAUUAGUCUUAACAAAAUGUUCGACUCCCAUAAGAAGUGUGAAAUUAUGGAGGAGUUGGUAUGUCUUACUAUUGACUCAACAACAAGAGCAGAAAUUGUAUUUGUGUAGGAAACCGUUUGGGAUAAUUAUGCAAGUAAACAUGUCAUACAGAAGGUAGCUGUUUUAUUUUGGUCUGUUAGAAAGCAUAUUGAUGAGUGAUAAUCAUAACAAUUGAGUUCUAAUAUGACGAUUGUUAUAGAUUUAAUAUGACCGAAGUGAGUUCUGUACAAAGGCACCGGAGCAAUUGCAUUUAUGAUUGUCAUUUUGUCAAUGUAACCAUCAAUGGCCUCGAUGUGGACCAAAUUGUUUAUAUAAAUACGGAGUAGUUUUCUUGGAAAUAUUACACUUUUAGUCUUAUUUA